AUGGCAAUUGCCGGCUUCCUCCGUCGCAUCGUCAAGAACGAUGCGAUGAAGGAGGACCCGGUAGAGAUAUACGGGUGGAGAGUCUUCGCUCUGGCCGCCGCAUCUUGCUUCGGGGGCAUGUUGUUCGGAUGGGACAUUGGUGCCAUCGGCGGCGUCCUCGCCAUGGAGGCGACGCAGAAGCAAUUCGGCUACUUUGACGCCUCCAAGGCCGAGAAGUCCAACCAGGACCAGAACAUCGUCUCGACCCUCCAGGGCGGCUGCUUCGCCGCCUGCCUCAUCACCCCCUACCUCACCGACAGAUUCGGCCGUCGCUGGUGUCUCAUCGUCACAGGAAUCAUCACCACCAUCGGCGUCGUCUUCCAAGCCGCCUCUGCCGAGCACGGCAAUCUCCCCCUCAUGUACGUCGGCCGCUUCGUCGCGGGCCUCGGCGUCGGCGCCGCGUCCAUGCUCACGCCCCUAUACGUCUCCGAGUGCGCCCCGCGUGCCAUCCGCGGUGGCUUGACGGCCUUUUACCAGCUCUUCAUCGUCACCGGUACCAUGAUGGCUUUCUGGAUCAACUACGGCAGCCUCCUCCACAUCACCGGCAAGGCGCUGUACGCCGUGCCCCUGGCCCUGCAGGCCGUCCCGGCCGUGUUCCUGUCCAUCGGCAUGUUCUUCUGCCCGGAGAGCCCGCGCUGGUGCGCCAAGCAGGACCACUGGGAGCGGACCAAGGACAUCCUCGUGCGCCUGAGGGGCCUGCCCGCCGAUCACUCGUACGUCCAGGGCGAGCUGACCGAGAUGGCCACGCAGCUCGAGUCGGAGCGCCGCCUCGUGGGUGACGCCACCGCCGUCACGCUCCUCAAGGAGAUGUGGCUCAUCCCCGGUAACAGGAAGCGCGCUAUCCUCACUGUGCUGCUGAUGAUUUGCCAACAGAUGGCCGGAGUGAACGCCAUUAACUACUACGCGCCCCAGAUCUUCAAGAACCUCGGCAUGAAGGGCACCGAGCCCUCGCUGUUCGCCACUGGCGUUUACGGCGUCGUCAAGGUCGCCGCCUGCGCCUGCUUCCUCACCUUCGUCGCCGACUCGCUCGGCCGUCGGUGGAGUCUGAUCUGGACCGGCUUCGCCCAGGGCUUGGCCAUGUUCGUCGUCGGCAUCUACGGCCGCGUCAACCCUCCCGUCGAGGGCAAGCCUAUCCCGCCCUUUGGCUACGUCGCCAUCACCUGCAUCUUCCUCUGGACCGUCUUCUUCCAGUUCGGCUGGGGCCCCUGCUGCUGGAUCGUCAUCUCUGAGAUCCCAACCGCGCGCCUGCGCGCCAUGAACGUCGCCCUCGGCGCCCUGACGCAGUGGCUUUUCAACUUCAUCAUCGCCCGGACCGUCCUGACGAUGCAGCUGACCAUGGGUUACAAGGGCUACGGCAUGUUCUUCAUGUUCGGCUCGUUCGGCUUCGCCAUGGGAACCUUUGUCUACUUCUUCAUCCCCGAGACCAAGGGCCUGAGCCUGGAGAAGAUGGACGAGCUGUUCGGCGUCACGCAGCUGGUCAAGAACAUCGACGAGGAGCCCGAGGCCCGCGCCGGGAGCAUCCACGAGCAUCCGGUCGAGAAGCGUCAGUAG